AUGCCAUGGGGACUGUCCCGAGAAGUCGUCGCCAGUUUCAGCGCGGGCAUCGCCCUGGCUUUAAUCCUCGAGCAACUACGACAGCGCUACCUUGACAGCAAAUCGACAUCAGAAUUCUCGCCAAGGUCAUUAUCAUCACACCUCGCUCUCAUCAAGGAAGGCCCAUCGUCUAUAGGAUCAUCUACAGGACAUGGCGAAGAAGCAUCGUCAUCGUCAACGCUUCGCCCAGUAGGCAGUGGCAUCGAAUCGACGAUCGGCAACACACCGCUCAUCAUCAUCAAAUCCCUGUCCACACUCACGGGGUGCACGAUCCUCGGAAAAUGUGAGUUCCUGAACGGGGCGGGCCAGUCCCCGAAAGACCGUGUCGCACUGAGCAUCAUCUCGCGCGCUGAGGCGCGGGGCGACUUGCACCCACACUCCGGGGACACCAUCUACGAGGGCACCGUCGGCAGCACGGGGAUCUCGCUUGCGACGCUGGCGCGCGCGAGGGGCUACAAGGCGCAUAUCUUCAUGCCGAGCGACCAGGCGUUCGAGAAGUCGGAUUUGUUGUUGAAGUUAGGUGCGGUGGUCGAGAGGGUCGAGCCCGCCCCAAUCGUCGACCAGUUGCAUUUCGUGAACCGCGCAAGAAAUGCCGCCAGGCGGCACACCGCAGACCCAGAGGUGCGCGGGCGAGGCCUGUUUGCCGACCAGUUCGAGACGGACGCGAACUAUACCGCGCAUUUUGAGGGGACAGGGCCUGAGAUCCUCGCCCAAGCCGGGGGGGAGGUUGAUGCGUUCGUUGCUGGUGCCGGCACAGGCGGGACGCUGUCUGGUGUGUCGCUGUUUCUCAAGUCGAAGCUGCCGCGUGUUCAGGUCGUGCUGGCCGAUCCGGAGGGCAGUGGCCUGUACAAUAAAGUCAAGCACGGGGUGAUGUUCCACAGUCUGGAACGUGAGGGGACGCGGCGGAGAGAUCAGGUUGACACGGUCGUUGAGGGAAUUGGGUUGACUCGGUCGACCAAGAAUUUCGAGGUUGGAAGGGAGGAGAUCGAUGAUGCUGUGAAAGUCACGGACGUGCAGGCGAAGAACAUGGCGAGGUGGCUUGUCGAGAACGACGGUAUCUUUGUAGGGAGUAGUAGCGCAGUCAAUUGUGUGGCCGCCCUUCAGACGGCCCUCAGACUCGGUCCCGGCCAUAGAGUUGUUACCAUACUAUGUGACUCUGGCAUGCGUCAUCUUUCGAAGUUUUGGGCCCAAGUUGGGGAUGUUGGCGGUGAGGCUAAGACCACGCUCGAGGACAUAAUCGAGGGUUGCGCUUUGGCCUGA